AAAACAUCGAUGGAAGGAGCAGGAGUGAUGUUUUAUGCGAAUUUCUCAAUGUUAAUGAGAAUUUAGAGAAGCAGAUUUUAACCCGUGGUUAUCAGAUGACCCAGGAUGGACUCCAGACUGGCAAAUCUUGAAAACAUUGAUGCUAUAUGGGCGUCUUUGGAUUCAACAGGAUUCAGUAACCACGAUGAUGCUGCUCCCACAGCUGUACCUAAACAUGUGUUGCAGGAGAAACCUGCUGUUCAAAGCAAGGGUCGAAGGUCAUGGUUUGAAAACCCACCAACCAAAACGCUUGAAAUAGCCGAAGAACCAACAAGAGAGAAGCCAGCUCAACAUCGUACAACAUCAUUAGAUGAAGAAGACAUGGAAAUUUUGACUUUGACACACUUUACGAAUCCUCCCAGGAUCGACUUCGGGAAGAUGAAGCCAGGUGUUACCAGGCGACGUCAACUAUUGAUCAGUAAUCCACAUGAUUAUGAUCAGCAGGUCAUGGUUGAGAGAGUUCCAAGCAAGAAAAAGUUUUCCUCGGAUCUGGCACAGUUUGUCGUAGAGGCAGAGCGUUCUGUUGUCUUGACAAUAACAUGGCAGCCAGAAGACGAAGGACCUUAUCGAGAAAUGUUUCUGUUUUUGAUCGAUGGUGUUUAUCGUCUACAAGCCAUUGUCUUUGGUCAGGUGAUUGCACCGCCACAGAAGAGAAGAGAUAGAAAGGGUCUCCUAUCAUCCCGGGUGAAGAAGCCUUUUUCUGUUCUACACACACAAAACUUUUCCAACAUCAAGCAGUCUUACACUCCAAGACGAUCCAACUCUUCAAAGAAGAAUGUUGUACUGACUGGCUACAACAAGCAGGCAUCAAGGUCAAAUUUGGAGGCAGAAAACGUGGCACCAAAUGCUGAAGUUAGUGGGAAUAUUACUCAUGAGAUCUCCUCUCCUCUCGUGACAAAUACAGAGCCUCCAACAUCAAGCACUCCUGCAGAAAGAGACAGUGAAGGCAUGACAAAGCAGCAGUUAAAACACAGAAAUUCUGUUCGCCGUUCAACAACGUUCACAAAGAUAGGACUGACAGAGGACACUCCAGAUAGGACCACUGUUCUUACCAACUUGUCACCAAGCAUUGCACAUCAAAGCUCUCCCACUUCUGACACCAAAUUUGCAUCUCUCCCCAGCGAAACAACAAGAGAGCCAUGUGAAAAAUUGACAACAAACAUUGUCGACAAACUUGAUUUUGAAUCUGUUGAAGAAUCUUUUAUUUCUGAAAAUGUCUCUGUGAAAGGCGCUGCAUUCAAUACAACACCUGCCAAACUGUCCGAACAUUCGAUAGCCAGCGAGUGCAUUUCACCCAACACAUUUGUUCGCGAAAACUUUGGAGCGAUUUCCACACCAGACCAGACAAAAUUCCUUGAACAAGAAAUGAUGACUCAUGUUUUCAAGUCAUCAGAACAGUCUGUUGAGGUUUUCAGAGGAUCGACAAUAACUCAUUCAGACAAAACAGGAUCAGAAAUCCAAAUCGGCGAAACCAUAACCAUGCACACAAUGACCCAGACAUUUACCCAAAACACUAUCACCAUGGCAACACCACCAGCCAGUAGAAGCAGGGCAUUCACGCCACAGGUCCAUGUCAGCCCCAUGUCGUUUAUCAGGGACAGCAUGUCCAACACUCCGGACACCUUGAGUGUGACUUCGGUCAGUAAUAAAGUUCCAAGCCCAGGAAUGGUCCUUAAUAAUUCGGUUCCACAUGAAAUUAUGGUGAGGCAGCUUGGUUUCGUGCGUAAAAGCUUGACUGGAGGGGAGCUUCCACCUACUGACUGGAAGUCAUCACCAGUAACAGCCUGCACAAACUUUCCUGUCUUUACGAAAGGUAAAUUUGAUGGCAAGCAAAGACGAACUUCAUCGGCUGUUGUUAAAACCAAGACUCAACGCAGAAGUGGAACAAAGUCAAACCACCAGAAGAAGUUAUUUUCAGAUAUUCCUGACUCUCAGACCCCAAGAAGGACCACCUUUCUUGUGAAUAACAAAUCCAAAUCUGGAAAACCUGCCUCAUCUGUGCAAAGGUUCCAGAAAGCUGGCUCCAAGGUCAUUGGCAAGGUCAUGUCUGCUGUCAAUAAAACCAAGCCUAAGAGAAAAAGUUUGGAUGCUAAACCUCGAUCGGAAAACAGUACCGUGGUCUUUUCACCCCAUGCAGACUCCCCAAACAUCGUAGCCCAACCUCUGGAGGUUGGUGAUGAAACGAAUCCCUCAAGACUGACCAUUGUUGUCCGGAAACCAAAAGUUUUGAAAUCAGCCAAACAGAAAAAGGAGAACUCCUUGGUCAGUGUCCUGCCUAGCAAAGGUAAAAAUGUUCCUUUGUCACCUGUUCCGAAGAAGUUGGUUACUCCGGUUGUAGAUUCCACAACCGUGACGAAGGCAAAGCCAGAUGUGGUAGAUAAGAGUAGUGAAAGAAGUGUGGCAACAACGGAAUCCAAUGCCACAGAACUGUUCCCUGUUUCCCCUCUGAAGGCUGAAAAAGUUGCCUCCCCUGACAGAUUUGUAGAAACUGAUAUCGGCUCUCCGCAACCCCUUCCCACAAGCCCUUAUCCUGACACCACAAGAAGAGGGACAAUGACGGUAACAAAACACAAGCCAUCUGAGGCUUUGUUGAAAUCAUCCCUGUCUGGUAAAUCGCUAUUUGAGAAGAUGCUCAACAGCCCGGGAACACCGCACUCUGUUUCCUGGUGUGACUCCACACCAGUGCACCGACAUGACAGUGCAUCUAGGAGCUACCAUUGUCUGUCAGACAAAAAGGCCUCUGGGGACAACAAUUCAACAUUCGAUCAGUCCACUGGAUCAGACGCACUUUCAAAAAUCUCACUGGAAUAUGUCUGCAGUUCUGACUCUGGCUCAAGUACAAAUGGAACACCUGAGUCAUCUGCCCCUGGUGCUGGUGACAAUGCCCUGCCCGUAUUGGCUGCUGCCAAAAUUUCAGAAAGACUUGGGUCUUUGGAGGAAUCUUCAGCUUCUGAAGUCAAGAAAGUAUGUGGUGAGAUUCAAGGAAGCGUACUAGAAAGUAAGUCCGAGGUAGAAGUAUCUCGCCAGAAACAAGGGAAGACUGCAGAGAAUUCUCUUGCCUAUGAAGUCAAGAAAGUGUCACCAGCUAUUGACAGAGAAGAAAGGUUUAUUUGCCACAGCAACAAAGCCAUUCAGUACACCCCAGCUCGAUGCGAGGCUGGCAUCGAAAAGCAAAGAAUUCUUCGCCGGCAACUUGCAACAACAGACAUUGAUACUCAAGAAGGUAAUUGCACAAGCACUUAUGACAUGGUCACCUCACAGAAAAAGCGUUACCAUAGUGAUAGCUCAGCGGUUUUGAAUCGUACAAAUCCGGACAGGCUCGGCAAACGACCUAAAGUUUCUGAGUCCACAGCGUCCGGGAUGCCAAAGACCAGGAUGAGGCGUGCAACUGACUCGAGCAUCAAAACUGGUAACCGUAGAGACAAACCAAAGUUCAGUGGACGGCCAGGAUUGGCUCAGAGUCGCUUGGUCCUUGUUAAACGUGGACAAACAGCUUUGCCCAAACACCCGAUGCCUUUUGCGGCCAAGAACAUGUACUAUGACGAACGCUGGAUAGAGAAACAGGAGAGGGGGUUUGUGAAGUGGCUUAACUUCAUCCUGACCCCACCGGAGGAAUAUCACAGCACCGCAGAGAAGGUGAAAGUCGAUGCUGGGUCUGUCAGUCUGGACCCCAAAGGAGCACCUACCAGGCUUGCCCCUACAAAAGAGGUGCUGUCCCUGAGGGCGUAUGCUGCACGGCGCAGGAUGAACAGGCUGCGGCGCGCUGCCUGCAGGCUGUACCAGAGCGAGGGCGUUGUGCGCAUCAUUCAGAAGCUGGAGGCUGAGGUGGAGAGUUACCGUAUUGCUGUCAGGAGGGACAGGAUGGUCCAUGCUGACGUGGGAUUGAAGCAGAAAAUCCUGGACCUGCUUCUCUCCUACAACACCUUGUGGCUUAGGAUUGGACUGGAGACCAUCUACGGGGAAAUACUUCCACUUCAGUCUAACUCUGAUGUGAUUGGCCUGUCGCGAUUUGUCCUCACACGUCUCCUUGGUAACCCAGACAUCUCCAUGGAGUUCUCUCAUCCCACAGUGCCGCAUUUAUACAGAGAUGGGUACCAAGAAGCCGUCUCCAAACAUGUCCUCAAGAAGUUCCUCAUGCUGGUGUUUUUCCUGGACACGUCAAAACAAGCUCGUUUGAUUGAUCACGAUCCGUGUCUCUUCUGUAAAGACGCAGAGUGGAAGUCCAGCAAAGAGCUGUUGUUCCAAUUCUCAAAGGACUACUUGAGUGGAGAAGGGGACAUCACCCGCCAUCUUGGUUACCUUGGUUACACUGUCAGUCAUGUACAGAUACCCCUGGAUGAGUUUGACUACGCUGUCACAAACCUGGCCAAGGAUUUGCGGGAUGGGCUGCGACUCACUCGUGUGAUUGAGUUGCUAACCCACACCUGGGACCUAUGCAGACGUUUGCGCGUGCCAGCCAUCAGCAGGCUGCAGAAGGUCCAUAACCUUGAGAUGACCUUCAAAGCUCUCACUCAGUAUAGCCACAUAUCAGACCCCACGGAUGGUGGCAAGGUCAGCCCUCGUGACAUUGUGGACGGUCACAGAGAGAAAACCCUGGCCCUUCUGUGGAACAUUAUAUUUAACUUCCAGGUUGAUGUGCUGAUAAAUGAAGCCAAGCUUCGAGAGGAAGUGCAGAUGUUGGCCAAAUGUCUUCGUGUUAGGAAAGACUGGGAUAAUGUGAUUGGAGGACUUGUAGAAGACGUGGGGUCUCCCUGGGAGAAAGACAGAGGAACUGAUUCACAGAUCUGUCAAAAAAGUGAGAAACUACGACUUCUGCUGGAGUGGACUAGAGCAGUCUGUGCCUUCUACAAUCUCAAGAUUGAGAACUUCACAGUGUCCUUCUCAGAUGGGCGGGCCUUCUGUUACCUUGUCCAUCACUACUAUCCAGGGCUCCUCCCACUGUCUGACAUCCAAUCAGAGACCAGUAUGAUGUACCAGAACAAGUCACAGGAUAUGGAUGACAGUUUUUCAAGUCCAAUGAUUCAACAGAUUGACCCAGAGUUUGGUCACCUUGGUGUGUAUGAAAAACUUCUUGCUAAUGAAAAGGAGAACUUCAAACUGUUGUUUGACAAGGUGUCUGAGCUUGGGGGAAUCCCCUUGAUGGUGAAGUCCACUGACAUGUCCAAUACAAUCCCUGAUGAGCGAGUUGUGGUGACAUACCUGGCCCACCUGUGUGCCCGCCUGCUGGACGUUCAGGAAGAGAUGAAGGCGGCCCGUGUGAUCCAGACUGCCUGGCGCAGACACAAAAUACAACAACAACGCAUACACAACCAGGUGCGAGCUAAAGCAGCUUCCCUAAUUCAAAAGAAGGUGCGUGUGUUCCUCAUCAAACGCCACAGACAGAGGCGAGAGGCUGCUGCUAUUAGAAUACAGGCAGCCUGGCGAGGAUGUCUGGCUCUCAGAACUCUGAGCCAAUUAAAGUGGGAGAAAGAAAACAAGGACAAACUCAAGGCUGUUGAAGUUUUACAGAAAGCCACACGAACUUUCCUAUGUCAACUGAGGAUGUCCAAGAGAAGAAUUUUAGUGCUUUGUCUACAGGCUCAUGUCCGAGGCUACUUAGUGCGUAAGGCAUUGCGCAGGGACAGUGCUGCCAGGAAGAUUCAGGGGUUUUGGAGGAGUGCACAUGACACCAGAGAAAUCCGUCAGGAAUUUAUUCAGAAACGAAAUGCAGCCAUUUGCUUGCAGUCUGCUUUCAGGCGAAAACGCAAUUCGCGACUAAGAGCAAGGUCCACCGUUGUUAUUCAGUCAGCGUGGAAAUCUUAUCUUCAACGCAGAUCCUACUUGAAGAUGCGCAGCUCCGUGAUUCGUCUCCAGACAAGGUUUAGGAUGAUCGUUGCAAGAAGGCGAUUUGUGAUGCUACGUCACCAUGCUGUCGUUGUUCAGAGAAGAUACAGAGCCCUGGUUGCCAUGGAAACAGACAGGAAGAAUUUUGAAAAGAUGAGAAAAUCAGCAAUCUUGAUUCAGACAAGGUGGAGGGGAUUUUCACAACAGGCGAAAUAUCAGCGACAGAGAAGAUUGGCUGUGGUUCUUCAGGCCAGUUUCCGCGGUUACAAGGCCCGAAUCAAGUUUCUUGCUCUCAGGCUGGCGACAGUAAUUGUACAGAGGCAGUUUCGAGCACAGUUGGAAAUGCGACGAUGCAAGAGGGAAUAUCUCGCUUGGAAGGUGUGUCGCGAGGAAGCUGCCCUUGUACUUCAACGACACGAGAGAGGUCGUCAAAGGAGAUCCGCUUUUUUGAAGAAGCGCAGAGCAGCAGUAACAAUCCAGAGUGCCACGAGAAGAUUUUUAGUAAGACGGGAAUUUAAAACUCUCAAAGGAGCCACUGUUAUUAUCCAAAGAUGUUUUAGGAAGUUUAAGGAGAGGCGUUUGGAACAUGAACUUUUACUCGAAAGGUCAGCCAUUUCUAUACAGGCCUCAUGGAGAAUGUACAGGACACGAAGUAAUUACCUCCAAAUCCGAAGAUCAGUCAUCAUCAUCCAGUCUUCCCGAAAAGCUCUUCUGUGCAGAAGGCGUUUUAUUAAAAUGCGCAAUGCAACUCUGACUAUCCAACGGUGUUACAGAGCUUUCAGACUGGGCACGGUUGUUCGUCUUGAAAUCGACAUAAUGGUAGGGGCGGCUAUGACCAUUCAGUCGUCGUGGAAACGGUAUCAGGUACGAAAAUGGUACUGCAGGGUUAAAUCAGCCGCCUUGACUGUUCAGUGUAUGUGGCGGGAGAGAUCACAGCGAAAGAAAUUCUGCGAAAUCCGAACAUCUGUGAUUACUUUGCAGAAGAGUUAUCGAAAUUGUUGUCUUACGAAAAAAAUCAGAUCGGAAUUUUGCAAGCUGAAAGCAGCUACACUGACUGCACAACGAGCAUGGAGAAAGAAGAAAUGUCUAGUGCAACAUGUUGUCAAGAUGCAGGCACUGAGGCGAGGCGCAGUCGAGAGACGCCGAUAUUUGAGACAGCGUAAAUCGGCUGAAGUCAUUCAGAAACAAUUCCGCACAUAUCAGUGUGCAAAACAGGCGAAGAACUUGCGCUGUGCACAAGUGAAAUCGGCCAUUUUGAUACAGGUAUGCUGGAAGGGAUAUGCUGUGUGCAAAGAGUAUGUUGCUAAACAAAAAGCAGCCAUAACUCUGCAAGCUCACCUUAGAGGUUACUUUGAUCGAUGUCAUUUUCUGCAGGUGCGAGCUGCAGCAGUGGUUUUGCAGUCUCGUUAUCGGGCAUUUCGCAUAGGUCGAGGUGAACGAGAGAAGUACUUGGAAAUGGUAAGAGCAUCUGUGCGGAUACAGACAGUUUAUAGAGGGUGGAAAUGUCGAAAAACUUUCCAAGAGCAGUUGACAGCUGUGUGUCUAAUACAGACAAAACUGAGAGCUGUCCUGCUACGACGACGUUCUGAGAGAGCUGCAGUUGUUUUGCAGAGGGCUUACCGAGCACGACUCAUCAUGAAGCAAGACAGAGAGAAUUUUUUACGGCUGAAAAGAGCUACAGUAUGUCUGCAGUCAGCAUUUAGAAUAUUCAAGGAGAAAAAGUCUGCUCGAGAGCUGGCUUCGCUGAUAAAACUUCAGUCUCAUGUGAGAGGAUAUCUCCAGAGAAAGCAAUUCCUUCAGAAGCGAGCCGCCUGUGUUAUUCUACAAGCGAACUUGAGAAGAUGUCAGUGUCAUCGUCGAUUUCAUCAGAUGCGAAAAGCAGCAGUAUGUCUCCAGAGGGCUUUCAGGGCCAAUCAAGCCGGACGAAUCCAACGAAGUUUGUUUGUCUCCCAACGUAGCUGUGUCAUUCGACUUCAGGCUGCCACACGAGGGUUUCUCCUCCGCAGAUCUUUACAACAACAACAUAAGGCGGCUAUCUUGAUUCAGGCUAGCUUCCGCGGAUUUUCAGUACGCAGGGAUUACCAGCGCCGCAGGAACGCAGUUGUUGCCGUUCAGAUGUGGUACAGGAGGUACCGAGAAAUGAUUCAAACACAGAAGCAGUUUCACCGCAUGAAAUCAUCUUCAGUGAAGAUCCAGGCAUUCUACAAAGGCUACAAACAGAGGCAAGCAUUCAUCAGGUGGAGAAAAUCUUGCAUUGUCAUACAGAGCAGGCUUAAGGGAACAUUGCAACGACGACGCUACCUGAAACUUCAACAGACGGUUUGCAGACUGCAGGAAAGAGUACGAGCCAAACAGGUGAUGAGGAAAGAGCGACAAGCGUUUUGCAAUUUGAAAUCUGCGACCGUGCACAUCCAAGCUUUGGUUAGAGGAUAUCUCUGCAGGAAAGUAGUGCAGCAGACCUUAGCAGCGAGAAGCAUCCAAGCCUUUUGGAGAGGCUCUAAAGAUAGGCGAAAGUUUUUGAAGCUGAGGGGCUCGAUCAUCAAAAUUCAAGCUUGUUUCCGUGGUUACUUGGCAAGAUCACGCUACAAAAGAAUGUUGUGGGCAAGCAUGGUUAUCAAAAGGUGGUGGUUAGCCAAGCGACUGGCACGUGAAAAAGAACAUGAAUUCCAGGUACAACAACAACGUGAGCAAAUUCUUGAAGCCACUGUAAGUAUCCAGAAAUGGUUCAGACUAAUUCUGAUGGGUAAGAUGCAGCGAGAGCAAUUUCUGCGUAUCAAAACUGCUGUUGUUGACGUGCAGAGAGUUGUCAGAGGUUUUCUUGUGCGACAAAAUAUCAGAAGAAACAAAGCAGCUGUCCUGCUACAAUCGUACUUCCGAAUGCAGCGAGAAAGACAGUUGUACCUCCACAAGCGAAGAGCUACGAUUAUAUUACAGACGUGGACAAGAGUGUUGAUUUCAAAGAAGCAACGAGAAAGACGACGGUUUGCUGUAAUGAUUUUGCAACGCAACAUCCGUGCCUACCUUUUCUGUUCAACGGUUCGUAAAGCUGCAAAGCUGAGAAAUUCUUCCGCUUGCAAAAUUCAAACUUGGUACAGAAAGGUUUUAGCAGAGAGGCACAUUCGUCAAGUAAGUGCAGCGACAAAGAUCCAAGCAGUGUACAGAGGAUGGGUGCAGAGGAGGGAUUUCAUGCAGCUGAGGAGGGCUGUUGUUGUUGUACAAACACACUUCAGAAGACUGCUAGCACUUCGAGCAUACGAGUACCUUGUUACUGCUUACGAGGAACAUCGCCAGGCUAAAGUGGCAGAUUUUGUUCUGCGAGCACGACGGGAGUUGUCUGCCGUUACAAUACAGAGGUGUUUCAGAUGUCACAUACAGCUGAAGGUGGCCAGAAAACACUUGGCCAGUGUAAUCUACCUACAGAGAUGGGUACGAGGCAGACUGGACAGAAUGAGAUACCUGAGAGCACUGGAAGCAACCAAGACAAUCCAGGGUGCAGUGCGCAGAUGGAGGCUGCGGCGCAGCGGAGCAGCGCAGAGAAUCCAGAAUGCAGUGCGCGCCUGGUUGGAGAGGCGACGGCAGAAGAAGAGAGUUGAAGCUGCGACUGUCUUACAGGCUCGAUGGCGUGGUUACCAUGCACGCCGGCGGAGCAGCAAGGAACUAAAGAAGGUGCGACAGAGGGUGCAAGAGGCCAACAACGCAGCCACAGACGACAAGACGCUGGGACAGCGUACUGCGUCAGCAUUAGAUUACCUGUUACGCUGCAAGCAGUUAGCCUACAUUCUGGAAGCCUUGAUGCAUUUAGAGGUUGUAACGAGGUUGUCUGCAGAAUGCUGUCUGAGGAUCGUGGAAGUGAAUGCAGUGGAUGUUAUCUAUAGGCUGAUCCGUAGCUGCAACCGCAGCAUGCCGCACAUGGAGCUCAUCAAGUAUUCACUCGAUAUUCUACUCAACUUGGCCAAGUUUGACAGGACCGUAAGGGCUGUUUAUGAGGCCGAGGAGUCUGUCCCUACCCUGGUGGACCUGAUGCAGAUCUACAGAGAGAAGGGCCUCAUCUUCUCUAAGGCCUGUACUUUACUGGGCAUUUUGGGACUGGAGCCCAGGCGCAGACAGGAAAUUCUGAGUGACGCCAAGACAGUGGAGCGAAUCCGUGGCAUUCAGUACCUGACUUCGAGAAAACAGAAAAUUGAGGACACACGCCUCGUCACAAAAAGCAAACUCAUCGCAGCACGCACCAGUUUCAACUCUACACUGCCAUUUUCUACGCCCAGCAAACGUGCACCAAAGAUUCGCCCUGACUGGUUCCUGCGUAGGGACAGCUUGAAAGUUAUUGAAAACCCUUUAAGUGCUAUAAAUUUUGUUUUGGAUUCUCUCCAUGUUACCCCUAAAGGAGGAAACUGAAAACAUUUUGUGUUCAUGAAGUGUUCAAAGUUACAGAUUCAUCCGAACACAUUUGUGAACUGAACAAAGUAAUCUUUUAUUAUGUUGUUGUUGCAUUAUUUCUACUUCUACUGCAAGAACUGUGGUAGAUUUAAAGUGUAAAAUUUUGAAGAUAUAUUACUUAAGUGGAGUUGAUAAGCUUACUGGUAUAUUUAAACUAGGAUAACUUUUAUAUUCACAUCAAUUUGUUUUAAAAUCUUGUAUAUAUGUGGAAUUCAGUUCUUGUGUAAAAUUGGCGAGUUUAGCUAGCUUAAAGUAGAUGUAGUUUCCGGAUUACUGUUAGGGGUCUGGGGUAAAACUUUUAAUCAGACACCAGUGAGCAAUGCCUUUCACAAUAUUACCCGAAAUAACAUAAAAAUUUGACCACAAAGAUACAUUUUUGGAGGCUCAUAAAUGUCAUAAGAUAUUGCGUCUGGUGCUAAAAUUUUCUAAUUACAUUUUCCCAGCAGGAUAUCAUCCUACCUUCCAAAUACCUCUCAAAGCACCUUUCUAAAAUCUUUAAAUCUCCCAGAAUCUGGAAGAAUUAGCAACUUACUCAUGGACGAAUUUUUAGAAUCAUUUAGGGUAAAUCUGCCUACUCCAGAAGAAUAUGUUUAAAGUCAGAAUUGGUGCCUCAGUGGCAGAGGUGGGUAGUGUGCCAGCAUGGUGGAAUGAUGCUAGAGCCUCAACAAUGGGGUGCCUGUGAAUUUAAGUCCAGCUCAUACUGGCUUCCUCUGCGGCCGUACGUAGGAAGGAGUGUCAGCACCUUGCUGAUGGUUGUGGGUUUCCCGUAGGCUCUGCCCGGUUCCCUCCCAUCAUGAUGCUGGUCGCCGUCGCAUAGGUGAAAUAUUCCUGAGUACUGCCUAAAACACCAAUCAAAUAAAUAAAUAAAGAAAUGAAAUCAGAAUUUCAAAUGUAGUA